AGGCGCUGUUGUACAAUGGGAUGCACAAUCUCUAUUUGGUUGCGGGAAAUAUGUUUUAUUUUCUAAAUUAAGAAAUGACCGAAAACUUUUAGUGUAUCCCGUGUUACAGACAGUACCAGAAGACACUUUCAGCUAAGGAUGCCUUCACCGACAGAGCAGAAGAUCACAUGUUUGAUCGGGAUGGUGUUAUGUCAUUUUUCCGAAUGCUUUACAAACUAACGUUAGCAGGUAAACUUGAAAAAAAUAAGCCGUGACAGAAGGCUUCACCUUUAUCGCGACAUUUUACAGAAAAGACCUGAAAGCUUAUUUUUUGUCCACUUUGAUCCGUAUUAAAUCGCUUAUGUGCUGUUUUUGCUUUUCGAUGUUUUAUUUGCUCUGCUCGGAUAAGUUGGAUUGGAUUAAAAAGCCAAAGGACCUUGUCGAGUUGGUGGCUUUGCAUUGAAAAUAGUGCUGAAUAUACCUAACUUGUGGACUGAAUACGAAAAGUCUCUUUAAUGUACAGAAAUACUUGUAUUUGCUUCAUGUUUACGCCGACGAAAUCAACCUGAUGAGUUUAUACUAAGUUUGUGUGCGAUCCGAUAAACCAGCUGUGGCUCGUGCUCACAGCUGUUCUUUAAAUUAGUCUAUCCAGCUGACGCUAUUUCGUUAAAAAAAUUCAACAAAAUGCGAUAGACACUGGAAAGCAGCCCACUCAGCUAAAUUGGAUCGGGUGUUUUGGCGUGAGGCCUGCUGGUCGGGCUUUUGCCGGGUGAGAUUUGGGGGUAAGGCCGCAUCAGGUCGCGUUCAGGUCGGCCGUGAGUGUCGCGUAGUCCCGCUGCCAGAGGACGAGCUAUGGAGAGGAUGGAGGUGGACCAGUGCGCAGGCGCAGGAGGAGCCCUACGAAGGUCCAACAGCGCCCCCAUGAUCACGAACGUCAGUGAUGGGACGACAGUAUUCAGCUCGAAUAGUUCGGCUCGGUAUCGUCGGAGCAGCGUUUCUGUGAACCCGAGCUGUCCCUCACGGCCCCUUCCUCUGUCCCCAUUCUCGCUGUCUUGUGAGAGAUCCGAACACAAGAGACAGAUUGAGAAUAUGGAGCUCACUUUGAGGGGAAGUUUACAGAGGCUAAGUGCCUCGCCUGCUGUUCACUUCCCUCCUGUGGGUCAUUGGCAUGACCAUCUGUCUCCAGGCUUCCAUUCCCAGGACAGCGGUGUCACUCCUAAUUCCUCACCCAGUCCAACUCGAAGGUUUCGAGGAGGAUCAGUGAGCUCUGGAGUGAGAUGGCCAUCAGUUACACCUUUGAAAAGGAAAGGUGGAGUGGAAUCGGACGGUCCGCCCAAAAAGCUCUUUGUCGCUGGAGUCACAGACCCUGCUCACAUAACAAGUUACACAGUCAGUGUUUCCCAGCCAGUGGACUCUUCCUCUGGGACUGCUCCUGUUGGUUCAAACACCCAGGCCACCCCCCUGUCCCUCUCCCCUCCGCCCCCCUUCACCUCUCACCACCCCAGCAUCUAACCCCAGUAUUCACCAGAUCAUCAUCACCUUGUAGAGCUUUGGAUGCAAGGUGCUGUAAAAUGAAGACCAAACUUCAAUCUAAUCUCAGUUCUGACCCUUUUGUGUUUCCCUGCUUUUAAUUUGGUGCUUUGAAUCGAGUGUUUCAGCUCAAUCACGUCUGAAGGAAAUUCGAACUAGUUCUUACUUUGACAUCAAGCUGCAAUAUAAGAAGACAAAAUCUUCUGGAUGUAUCUGACAUGACAAUAUGGAUGCUGCAGGUUAUGUAAUGUGUGAAUAAUUAUGGAACUUCGGUGCCUACAGAAUAGUUUGCUGUAUAUAUGAAAUAGUGUCUGCAAUAACACAUUUGCAAUGAAAGUGUUCAGGUAGUUGAAACCUGACGAAUAUUGACACAAAGAUCCUUUCUUUAGUGUACAGAUUUAAAAGAGACCAGUUUUGCUCCUUUUCAUUUCCUCGAGUUGUGGCAAAACAUUUUUGUAUUUUGGUACAUCUUCAGCUUCCAUUAACAGGGUCCAACAGUCUGGUAAAACGUCCAGAAUGCAUAGAAAAAAGGACUGAGGAAAAGAGAGUAUUAAAAUCAGUUGGCCAUAGAUGUCAACUUCUUGUAUAAAUAUGUGAAUAAUCGAAUAUUUUGUUAGGUAUUAAUCCUGUGUUUCUCUCUUGCGUUUAUCCGAGGGGUCUGAUGUCUGCAAAUAUGUUUAUUUUUCCAUACAGCUUUUAGCUUGGACUGAACUUUUUGAGUUUUGAAAAAUAUUCUUUCAAUCAUUGGGAACGAUAUCAGCGCUUUCAGGCAUCUCCCAUAUUUGGAUUCGCUUAUCGCUUAAAGAAAUAGUUCACUCAAAAAUGCAUACUUGCUGACAAUUUAAUCAGCCUCAGGCCAUCCAGUAUAGAUGAGUCUGUUUCUUCAUGGAUCCUCUGCAGUGAAUGGGUGCCGUCAGAUUGAGAGUCCUAACAGCUGAUUAAAACAUCACAAUAAUCCAGAAGAAAUGGUAUAAAGUUAAAAUGCCUUAAAAGAUUGAUUUUGUUCCUUAAAAACAAGCAGAUUUUUGCUUUAAACGAUGUUUAUUGAUGGGCUGGAGUUGUGGAUAACUUGUGAUGUUUUUAUCAGCUGUUCGGACUCUCAUUCUGGCGGCACCCAUUCACUGCAAAGGAACCUCUGGUGAAGAAGUGAUUUAAUGCUAAACUUCUCCAAAUCUGUUCCGAUGAAGAAACAAUCUCUUCUAAAUAUUGGAUGGCCUGAGGGUGAGAAAAAAAUUAUCAGCAAGUCUUGUUUUGUGGUUGAAUAGUCCUUUAAAAUAUGUACUGUAAAGACUAGAUGUCUCACCUCGCGUCUACAAUCCGUUGUUGUUGUAGGCGCUAAGCACUUUCAGUUAAAAGUCCACAUCGGAAACUGACCUAGAGCCUUAGAAAUUAUCCCGUCUGAGGCAAGACGCUUUUCAGUAAUGACACCGUGUCAAAAUCAAACCUGGUUUCAGUGGAUAUCAUACUCUUCCUCUUGUACUAUUUGCACAGUGUUAGAUAUCAGUGUUGCUGUUACAUGAGUGGGAUCAUAUUUGCUUUUAUUGUCAUGGGCCUCGUUUAGAAUUUUUGAAUUGUUUGAAUCCUUUCACUUGGGAAAUAUUUUCAGAUCUUUGAAGUCGAUCUGAAUUCUGUGUAAAAGCAGCAGUUCUGGAUUGUUGUGUUAGAGCUGGAUGGAUUUGAAUAAGAAAAUGUAUUAUCCAACAAGUGACAUGCUGUAGUUAAUUGAACUGGAAGCCCUUCCAAAGCAAAUCUACCAUGAUACUUCACAGCAUUAUGCUAAUUAUGUUGAUUGUGGCGCAUGUUCCAUUAUUUAUGAAUGUGUACAGGCUCUGGUAGCGGUAUGUACUUCAUCGUCAUAAUUCUUGAUUCCCAAAGUCUUUAUUGUAUGGGCACCGGCAGCUUGUCGGUCUCUAAAGUUGCACAUCAGACAUAUGAAGCCGUUCCUCUGUUUCCAUAUUCAUAUAUCUGGGGGAAUACAGCUCAUUCCUCGAUAUAAUCUCAUUGCCUUUUAUUUUUACUCACUUCGUUUUUAAUUCAGUGAUAAUGCCUUACGAGUUUUAAUUCCAAAGUUACUUGCACUGUCAUUUGCAAUUUCCAGUUGUUGGGGUCCUUGAGCUUUCAAAGUUUGAUACCAAUGUUUAUGGGUCUUUUAAAGUGAUUACAAAUGUGCAAUACGCAUUAAAGUUGCUGGAAUUAUGUCGUCAAGUUCAUCGGGAUAAUCAGUUCCAGGUAUUUAAUCAAGAACCUGAAUGGAAGACUUGACAGCUGUUUGUUCUGAAUCAUUUGUGUAAUGUAGAAUAAGUACCAUGUCAUUUAUUAUUCAGAUUUGCCAUACACUUUCUAUGACAGGCUCUGUUUGUCAUAGAGAGAGAAUCACGAUUUGUCCUUUCUUUGUUCACCUUAAAUGACUGAGAGGUGUGUUGUGAAGAAACUAAACGGAUUGUGACCGUAAGAAAAACCUUGUAAAGAAAUGCCAAAGCCGAUAGAUUUUGUUCCAAGUUGUAAAUACAUUCUGGAAGCCAGAAAAAAAAAAUUAUGUGAAAGAUGGAUAUUUUUUUUGACAUAUUGGUAGCAAAAGUACAUUUAUUCCCUCUCAGUCGCCCAUGAUGAAUGUCCAUUUAUCAGACAAGAAAUAUCAUUUAGCAUAAAAUGUAUAUUAUACCAUAUAUUCUUAUGAAAAAGAUCAUAAUAAAAACUCAUUUUAUUGA